AGGUUUGUUGCAAGCUGUAUGACGGUUGAUGGAUUUCGUAAUCUUGCAGCACUAAUUUUGUAGAUGAUCUGUCUGUCGUCAAGCGUGGAGUUUUUUGUCAUACUAUUAUGCGGCUGCUGUCAAGGAUUUCUUUUGGCCGAAACUCAAGUUGAAGAAAACUUGUUUCUGGUGAAGAUGCAUGUUUGGCUUACGAUAAAACCAAAGAUGUGCGUAUUGCCAAUGCUUCUACAAGAUGCUCCAAGUGCGAGCACGCCCAGCAACAGCCAGAGUUCAACUGGAGUCGAUGGCACGACUGGCAACGAUUCAAAUUAGUUUGUAAUGAGAAAAGCCGAAGAUGUCCUUUGUUUCAAAAGCCAGCUCAAUUACUCCUUGUUAUCUACUGAAUUACCAUCUACGAUUUGCUGAUUGUGGCUCGUAUGAUCGAUAUUUGAUCUGCUUCAGUAUUGUUGAGUUAACCGAAAAGAAAUCCC